CCGGGCAAGUUUGUUCCCCGAGUUCGGAGCCCAGGAGCCCCCGCGGCUGCCGCGCAGGUGCCCUCGGCCUGGGUCGAGAUGGAGCUGCCUGCUGUGAAUCUGAAGGUGAUUCUCCUAGGUCACUGGCUGCUGACAACCUGCUUCUGGAGACAUUUCUCUGCCAAACCAAGACUGGAAACCCCUGAGCUCACAUGUGCACUUUGUAAACUUUGCAGUGCAGCGCACAGGGCAAUGGCUGGGCUGCAUUGUAUUCUCGGGCCCCUAUGCCUGGGCCAACUUCACCGUCCUGGCCUUGGGCGUGUGGGCUGUAGCUCAGCGGGACUCCAUCGACGCUAUAAGCAUGUUUCUGGGUGGCUUGCUGGCCACCAUCUUCCUGGACAUCGUGCACAUCAGCAUCUUCUACCCGCGGGCCAGCCUCACGGACACAGGCCGCUUUGGCGCGGGCAUGGCCAUCCUCAGCUUGCUGCUCAAGCCGCUCUCGUGCUGCUUUGUCUACCACAUGUACCGGGAGCGCGGGGGUGAGCUCCUGGUCCACACUGGUUUCCUUGGACCUUCUCAGGACCGUGGUGCCUAUCAGACGAUUGACUCAGCAGAGGCACCCGCAGAUCCCUUUGCAGUCCCAGAGGGCAGGGGUCAAGAUGCCCGAGGGUACUGAAGCCAGCCACACUGUGCCCGGCCCCGCCCCGGGCCUUCCUUGUGCCUGGGAGGUCGUUCUAGGGAUGCUCCUGGGAGGUCGUUCUAGGGAUGCUCCUGACCUCCGUCUCUUGGACCUAAGAUGGAAUGUGUCCCCAGCUCAGGGAUUGCCUGAACCAAGUGCCCUGAGAGGCCAGGAGCCCCCAUGGGCCACCCAGUGCCUUGCACACUCCUGUCCCAAACUCCCUGAGUCUUCCCCUCCCUUCAGGGCACCCACUGGUUCCCAGGCUGGACCCAUGGUCUCUCUUCACCUCCUACCGCACCACAGAGGCCCCCAGCUGAGUCCCGCCUGAGAGUGGCAGGCUCAGGCCUUUAAGGACCACUGAUGCCCCCUGAGGCCUCCCCCGAGUUUGUCAGGCUUCAGUGGAAGCCCUGAGAGCUUCAGGUCCUGCUCAGCUCCAGGAGCGGUCUGGCAUGGGAGUGAGGCCCCGUGCUUCUCACUGCCUGGUCACGUGGUGGCUAGGGAUGCAGGGCUGGAGGUCAGAGGCGUCAGCCACACUGUGACCCAUCACAGCCUCCAGCCUCCCUUUUCAGAGCCACAGCAUUAAAGUUUGGGGAAUUCU